AUGCGACAAAUAAAAAUCGGGAUCCGCACGCAGAUGAUCGUGCUGGUCAUCGUCGUCAUCACGCUGUCUCUGUUGAUUCUCGCCAUCGUCACCGGCGUCAAGUACACCAACAGCGUGCUGGAGUUGCGGCAAGAACGAAUCAAAAUCGUAAGCAUGCUCAAGGCCGCGCAGCUCGUGCAGUCCGUCAUGGCCAUCUAUUACCAGGUGCAAGCUCUGGCCAACCGCGACGAGCUGCAGGUGGCUAUGGCACGGGCCAAGGCCGGAAACAACACGGACGCAAACUGGGCUGCAACUCGAACGCUGAUGCAGUCGUCACUGGACUCAUCGUCCACCUUCUUCCAGCUAGAAAUCUACGACCGCAGCCUGAGCACGGUGCUCGACAUGGGCGGCCAGGUGCAAUACGACCUGCCAGGAGCCAGACUCGUGUCUGGAGACAGCUUCUACUCCGGAGCAGCGCCCAACCUGUCGGAGUUUGCCGACAUCUUUCCGCUGAGAGGAGCCACACAAGUGCCGCAGUCGCUGGUCGAACACGGGGCGCUCAUAGGCGGCCCACGGCACUUUUCCCGCUACCCCAGUAACAUGAACCCCGUCAUGUCCUUCACCGUGCCCAUCUACGUCAACAUGUCCGUGCUGGUCGACCAGCGGUCACUAGCGGGCUACCUGACGGUAUCGUGCUCGGCUAACACGGUCAUGGACGUGUCCAAAAGCGACUCCGCAUCACCAGUGGAAAAGGAGGGAACGGUGGUUCUGGUGGAGGCUGUCACGCCCCAGGACAUUAACCGAACAGGCAUGGUCCUCGUGACUCAGCCGCCAAAGAGAGAGGACAUGGACAGAGCCAAGAAGAAGAGACAGCUAGAUAAGAGACAACUCACGGUGGUGGCCUCAGAGCAGGAAAAAGCCAGCCAGGAUGGAGGAGAGGAGGAGCUGGAAGACGGAGGAGCACGCCAUCCACUGACCCCUUCGCCGUUGGACUCCGCAGACGGAAUCAUUGCAGGCAACACAAACAAGUCUAAUCCCCAGACAAACUACUUUCGCUACAUUGUGGCGCCCUAUCUCACCACUGGUCAAACUGACCAAAAGGCUUAUUCUGAUGAGCUGUACCCCCCGGCUCAGAAAGCCUUUUCGACAACACUUCCCAACAAUCUGAUGACCAAAAACAUGAUUGGCGAAAAGAUUUCGGCCGGAUAUGCUCCCGUUGACUUGUUGUUUGCCUCCUGGGCUGUCAUUGUUGAAGAGCCCCAAAAGGACGUGUAUGCGUCUAUCAACCGGUUGAAGAACAUUGUGAUUGGUGCUGCCAUUGGACUGGCGUUUCUCACGGUCAUUAUCACCUUUCCCAUCGCUGCAUAUGUCGUUCGCCCCAUCAUUCGGCUCCAAAAGGCCACCGAACACACCGCAUACAAGUACAGGACGAUUGAGAAGGACGACGGCGCAUCUCCCAAUCCGCCCGACAACUCGCCAGUGACGUCGUCCACUGAUGUUGGCUCUGGGCUCUUUGAUUUGGAGAACCCGGCCAAUCAGAGUGUUCCGAGGCGCAAGACGUGGUGGAAACACACCCGUUCUAUCGGUAUGAAGAUUCUGCGGACACUCGGAAUGACUCGAUUCACAGCCGAGGCCCUCGAUCUCGAUGGCCACGAGGGGUACAUUGAGAUCCACCCUGUAGUCAUUGAGGACGAGCUCACCGAGCUGACGCAGACCUUCAACACCAUGACCGAGGAGCUGCACAAGCAGUAUUCGAUUAUGGAGCAGCGGGUGGCUCAGCGUACCCUCGAGCUCGAGGCUGCCCGUGUGCAGGCCGAGAGUGCCAACGAGGCGAAGACGCUGUUCAUUGCCAACAUUACGCAUGAACUGCGAACCCCCCUCAACGGUAUCCUGGGUAUGACAUCCGUUUCAUUGUCUGAAAAGGAUGCCAAGAAGAUUGGCAAGAGCUUGAAGGUGAUUUUCAAGUCGGGAGAGUUGCUGCUUCAUCUCUUGACCGAUCUGCUCACGUUUUCCAAGUCGCAAGUCGGCAGAAUGGUUCUGGAUGAGCGGGAGUUUGUGUUCCAUGAGAUUCUGUCGCAGAUUUCUGCCAUUUUCGUCAAACAGGCACGUGACCACGGUGUGCGACUUACCGUGACCGUGGAGCCUCCCGAGGUCUCCAACUACGUCUUCCUGGGCGAUUCCAACCGUAUGCUGCAGGUCAUGAUCAACCUGAUUUCCAACUCGCUAAAAUUCACGCCUGUUGGAGGUCAGGUGGAGCUCCGAAUCAAGAGCUACGGCGAGUUUGACCCCGGGGCAACUGCCAACACUGGCAACGAACGUCUCGUUGUCAAGGAGGAACUACCACCUCAGGACAAGAUGGUGCUGGAUCUCAAUUCCGGAGAGAUGUUCACCGAGUCGCCGAUUAGCUACUUCCGUAUGUCUAACAACGACUCCACCAGCAAGAGCGAGCCACAUACUCCUCUCGCCACCGUCGACGAGGUGCACACCGUGUUCCCCACCUCGGCCAACUCCGUGGCCACGCCCUUGGUGGUUUAUACUCCCCAGAGCAGCACCACGCCCUCAGAGGACCGCCCCGGGUGCUCUCAAUCGGGCUCUUCGGGCGGUCUUAGGGCUGCCCCCAAGGGCCAGUCCGUGCGGUUCGAGCAGCCGCACACGCUGGUGAUGGAGUUUGAGGUCGAAGACAACGGUCCUGGAAUUGCCGAGCAUCUCCAGGAACGAGUGUUUGAGCUCUUUGUGCAGGGCGAGCAGGCUCUGAGUCGAACUCAUGGCGGUACGGGCCUCGGACUAUCCAUCUGCAAGCAGCUGACGGCAAUGAUGGGCGGUCACAUGACGCUCAAGUCCAAGGUGGGCGAAGGCUCGACCUUUACGGUGCAAAUUCCGCUCAAGCAGACGGGCGUGAUUGGCAAGGAGGACGCAUACUCGUCUUCUAGCGGCGGAGGAGGUUCUGGUGGCGGUUCGGGCUCCGGCUCGUCCGGUCAGAGUCCUCUGGGUGUGAUCCAUUCAGACAAGCCGCGCUACUCGCCUUCUGCGUUCACGUACGGCGGUACCGCCAUGCGACGAGCGGAGUUGGUGAGUUUCUCGUCCGACGAUGACGACGACGACGACGAUGACGAGGAGGGAGGAGAAGUGGGAGUGUCGCGGACGGUUUCGUACGAGGCUGCCCAGGAGGUGCCGUCUGUGGCUGUGGUGGGACCUUCUCCUGCCGCCACAACCGUUCCUCCUCUGUCGACCCCUCAGAAACUCCCUCCAAAGUCCGAGUCAUCCUACUUUGCUCUUCCUGUCGAGGAGCGGGCGCGGAUUCUCGUGGCGGAGGACAAUAUCGUCAACCAGCAGGUCAUUCGGCGAAUGCUCAAGCUGGAAGACAUUCCACACAUUGUUCUUGCCAACGACGGAGAGCAGGCCGUGGCCAAGGUGCGCGAGGCGAUGGAGCAGGCCAAGCCGUUCGACCUGGUGUUCAUGGACGUUCAGAUGCCCAAGAUGGACGGUAUUGCUGCUACACGGUUCAUUCGAAACGAGCUAGGAUACACGCAUCCGAUUGUGGCUCUGACGGCGUUUAACGACGACGAGAACGCCAAGUCGUGCAAGGAGGCUGGCAUGUCGGGUUUCUUGUCCAAGCCCAUCCGGCGGUCGGCUCUACAUGAGACGUUGGUCAAGUUUUGUCCGACCAAGGCGUUUGUGGAGCCUGCUCGGACGCCCAAUAGGGAUAUUUAA